GAAAAUCCUUCAGAGGUAUUUAAUGCAAAAGCAGUUAGUCUCCCUGGUGUUUUUCAGAAGCCCACACACACCACUAGCAGGCAGAAGUGCAGAGUGGCUAUAGCACAGCACUUGGGAGAGUUACUCAUUUUGUCUCAGCCAGGCUCUGCCACCCCAAGAGCUUGCCAACAUGUGUGACAUGGGGGGGCUUGACAACCUGAUUGCCAACACAGCCUAUUUGCAGGCAAGGAAGAGUGCAGAUGGAGACACCAAAGAGAUCCAAAGGAGACGUAAGAGCCUCUCACUGCCCAGGGUUGAUCAGUGCAGAGAUGUUAGGCAGUCCAUUGAUGCUGAUUAUGACAGCAUCUGUGAGCAGCAGCCCAUCGGCAAGAAAUUAUUCAGAGAGUUCUUGAAGACAGUGCCAGAAUAUUUGGUAGCUAGGGACUUCUUGGAUGAAGCAUCACAGUGGGAGUUGGCAGAGGACAAUGUCAAGAGCAGUACCAUGGAGAAUAUGAUCACCAGUUUUCUUAAGGUAGGCUCCAAAAGCCAUCUGGCUUUCAUGAGCUCUGACUUGGCCGGCAAAUGCGAGGCAGUUACUGCAGAAGACUAUGAGAAGGUCAUGCAGCUGGCCAAGGAGGAAACCAAACUCUUCCUUAAAGGCAAGCCCUUUCAGGACUUCCAGACCAGCUCCUUCUAUGACAAAUUCCUCCAAUGGAAAGUUUUUGAGAAGCAGCCAAUAACUGAAAAAUACUUUUAUGAGUACCGAGUGCUGGGCAAAGGUGGCUUUGGAGAGGUUUGUGCCAUCCAAGUGAAAAAUACUGGCAAGAUGUAUGCCUGCAAGAAACUGGAUAAGAAAAGGUUGAAAAAGAAAGGUGGAGAGAAGAUGGCACUACUGGAGAAAGAGAUUCUGGAGAAGACCAGAAGUCCUUUCAUAGUCACACUAGCUUAUGCCUAUGAGAGCAAAAGCCAUCUGUGUCUUGUCAUGACUCUCAUGAAUGGAGGGGAUCUAAAGUAUCACAUCUACAAUGUGGGAGAAAGGGGUUUGGAAAUGAACAGGGUCAUCUAUUACUCAGCUCAGAUCACCUGUGGGAUUCUGCAUCUCCAUUCCAUCAAGAUUGUGUACCGGGACAUGAAACCAGAGAAUGUCCUUCUGGAUGAUAAUGGUAACUGCCGUCUGUCUGAUCUUGGACUGGCAGUGAAAGUCAAAGAGGGAAGAACCAUCACUCAGAGGGCUGGGACAAAUGGUUAUAUGGCUCCGGAAAUCCUGAAGGAAGAAGAGUACAGCUAUCCUGUGGACUGGUUUGCUAUGGGAUGUAGUAUUUAUGAGAUGAUUGCUGGGCGAACACCAUUCAAGGAUUUCAAAGAAAAGAUCAGUAAGGAUGAGGUUAAAAGAAGAACUCUGGAAGAUGAGGUGAAAUUUGAACAUGCCAACUUUACAAAGGAAGCAAAAGAUAUUUGCGAACUGUUCUUGGCCAAGACAGCAGAGAAACGUUUAGGAAGCAGAAAUGAAGAUGAUGACCCAAGAAAACAUAGUUUCUUCAAAACAGUAAAUUUCCACAGGCUAGAGGCAAACCUUGUUGACCCUCCAUUUGUGCCAGAUCCAUCAGUUGUCUAUGCCAGAGAUAUUACAGACAUUGCUGACUUCUCUGAAGUACGAGGCAUUGAGUUUGAUGACAAAGAUAAGAAGUUCUUCAAAAAGUUUGCAACGGGUGCUAUCCCUAUAGCCUGGCAGGAAGAAAUUAUAGAAACGGGACUGUUUGAAGAACUGAAUGAUCCUAGCAGAGAUUCCGGAGGUUACACAAACGGAAGUGAAGCUAAGUCAGGAGUUUGUUUGUUGUUGUAAAUAUCACAUCAUUAACAAAAAGAGUAGAAACCACCUCAGAACUUUCCGUAUUCUGACAGUGUUUCAGAAAUUCAGUGCAUCUGUUUAAGAACCAACAAUCAGUGUAAUAUGACAUUGACAGGCUGUGUAGGACCACAAGCUGUAGAAACUAUAUUAUUUUCCUUUUUUCUAACAAAGGAGAUAAUAUUUUUGUUUUAUUGGAAAUUUAUCAAGAUGCAGAACUGUAUUUCUCUAAGAAACUUAGAAUGAUAGAAAUUCUGAAAUACACCAAGCAAUAAUAGAGUGAAGAGGCAACACCUUACAAUGAUUUGUUGGUUUUCUUUCUAUUUUCUUGUUAUUUCUACUACCACUUCCUAUUUGUUCUACAGUUUUCAGGAAAGACUUUUUAAUUUUUAAGUAAUAUUCUCAGUUAGACAGUGGAGCUCAUAUACUAUGUCAAACUUGGAAUCUUAUUGAUUAGCCAGUCUCUCUGUUGUUUUCUUAAUUUCUGUUAGUUUUUGGGUGGUUUAAUUGUAAUAUGUUCAAAUUGUCAUAAAAUGUAAAAGAAGGCUCUACAUAUCACUAGGAAAUAGGACCAACAGGAUCAAACUCUUUUCAAAGAUUAUUUUAACAAAGUGGAGAUAAGAUUGCGCCAAUUUCAUUGAAUAAAGCAUUUAUUUAUUAUUAUUAAGUGUAUUCUUUUAAGUGAUAAUGCCACAUACAAAGAAAAUGUAUUUAUCGGUAAAUACACAUUCUUUUUGACAAUCAAUUUUAAACUUUUAUCAGGAUUCCUGAUAUUUUUUAUGUAUUUUGGUGAUAAACUAAGCUACAGAUAGACCAAAGGAAUUUGUAACUAGCUUUUUGUAAGACAUUAAUUUCGGUGCGAUAUAAAUUUUAAUUCAGUAGUUGCAAAAUGCAUUAUACUAUGAAGUGCUGUGAUGGUGCAAAGGUUACAUGUGCAUGUUGACACUAUCUUCAGAUGCUCAUUGAUUCUCAUGCAAAUUUUGAUGUGUUUUAUUUUUCAAUUUUAUGACAACUUGAAUUAAUUGGAAACAUUUCUGCAAAUACUUGCUACUGCUGAAGUGUAUUACUCAUGAGAUGCAUCCUGCUGAUUCUCUAUGGUAAGAAAACAGGUGGAAGUUAUUUGCAACAACUUUUAAAACUGAUUCUGCAUGCUGUUUAUGGUCAUCUAUUUAUCCAUAAUUUCCUUUGGCUAGAGUGGAAGUUGAAACUGCUCCCUUCCUUGGAGUCCUGGAGGCUGCUAAUACUCUGUUUCCCAUUUUUCAUACAGCAAACCUUCUACUGAACUCAAGACUUCUUUUAUAUAGACAAUGGGCUUGAACUCGUAUGUUGUUUUUAAAAAGGAAAAACUAUAUAUAAUGGCUUCUACAGUCAGGUCUACAGUGUGCAACACAUGGCUUUAGUAUUUAUUUAUAAUCUAAUAGCUCAUCCCAAACAUUGCAGUAAUCAAAAACUCUUUAGUUUUAAAUACUUUAAGUGAUUUAGUCACAGCUAAGUAAUACAUUGAUAAUACAUUGUGGUGUUCUAAGUAGAAAAAUAAUUGUUCUUUUUUUUCCUUUUAAAUUUGCUUUUCCAGUGCUUUAUAUACUUAAUUUUCAAGUAAAAAUCAUGAAGAACAGUGUUACUUAGGAUUAGUGGAUAAUUCUGUUCAUGAAUUGUGAGCAUAUAAUUGUCUGCCUUUUGAGGGGAGACUUUCUGUCAAAUAGUUUAAACAAAUAUAAGCUGAAUUGUGACUUGGGCUCUUAAUUGAGAAGGAUGAUCCUGAAACAUUGUGAAAAGCGGAGGAGGUUGAGAGCAAAGAUAGACAUGUGGUUCUGUCCAUGGAUUUAGGGGAGUAAUUCCACUGCUGACAUCCAGUGAUUUUAUUUCUUAUUGCUUCCAUCUGUAGGAAGCUUUCAGAGUGGUAUUAGGCUAAUAUAUUUAAGAAACCCAGACAAAAAACUUUAUAUACAUUAAAAAACAAAUAACCCCAAAACAAAAACCCUACAAACACCUCCCCACCACCACCUUAUUACAGCUAGAAGAGACCUAUUAGUGCUAGUGGCAACAAACUUCUGUCCUGAGUUGGUACACCUCAAAUCCAUAGUAAUGCCAUUUCACAAAACCUCCAGAGCCAUAAAACAGUACUCUGAAAUGGCUGCACAUUUUCUAGUGCAUAACUAAUUUUUCAGUACAUACAUGUUGCCCUGUAGAAAGAGGUUAUGUAUAGACAGAACCAGAAUUUAAUAUCAUGUUAGAAUCAUAUAUCCCCUCUGAUACCAGGUGUUGCAAGUCUGGGUUUUUCAAAAUGUAUGGCAGUGCUGAGAUCUGUGAAUUCAGGACAUUGUACGUGCAUAACAUUAGGUUAUUUAGUUUUAGAAGUGUUAUAGUGUCAAUAAAUCCCAUCAGGAAUUAUAUCAGUGAGAUACUGUAAAGUGUUCCAUGAAUCAUUCAAAGAAGCACAUCAGAAGUCUGAUAAUGCACAGUCUGGCACAGUGUGUGACAGAGAAGAAUGUGUUAGCUUGAAAUUAUUCGUUUUCAUUUUCUAAAAUUCUCUAUUUCAUAACGUGGACACCUUCUGUUUGCACUGUGAAAAUACUGAGCAGAGCAGAGAUUAUUUUUGUAUUUCUGUUAGCAUUUUCAGUGCAUAUUUUAAAAAUUAAUUUCAACUUCUUUUAAAGAAUCUGCAGAAUGCUUGGUUCUUUUCUUGUUCCUGCCGCUGUAAAGUUCCCUGUUAAACUUUCAGGACCAAAGUUAUUUUAACAUCCUGUUUCACCCUAACAAAACAAAGCCAGCAAUCCUGAAAGGUUUACGUGUUUGAUGAAUUGUGUUAUUGCAGCCAAUGAUACUACUCAUGUGAGUAAACCUAAAUGUAUAUGCAAGUGGGCAAGAUCAAGGCCCAAGUCAUUGGAUGUUUAUGAUAGAAAAUGAGGGAUGAAGUUGUGGGAG